CUCGCCGUUGUGUGCUUUGCUUUUUGAAUUGAGCUUCACAGAAGCCCCGGAUCCACGAAGCUGUCAACAAACCGAGACGCUUGUUUGGACUACCUUCACUUAUGGAGGACGUAAUGCUUUGAUACGCUUGAAGAGUUUGCUGGUGUUGUGCUCGCGCCAUGGCGGACAGCAGCAUGCUGUCUCUGGGGGCAGCUCGGAGUCUGUUGGUGGACUCCUCGGUGUGUGACUCCAGGAUUGCUGAAGUCACCAGUGACCACACUUUUCUGGCAGCAGCAUGUGAAGAUGAAGAAGAAAUGCUGCCAAAGGUGGAGACGCGGGUUGUCCUGGUGGGAGAAGCUGGGAGAAAUCAAGUUCUUGUUAAAACACUGCAGGCCAUCAGAAUGAUGGAGGUACCUGUGGUAAAGAUAAGAGAAGGUGAUGCGAGUGCCAAGGAGAAAAUGAUGAUAAAAUCUAUAGUCAGCAUGGACAUAAACACUCCGUUCUUGGUGACGGAUAAUGUUCAGGAGUUUGCAGAAGGCGACGGUGCAGAGUUUGAGACGGUGUUUGUCCUUACAGACUUUGACACCUCAGACUACAGCUUUCUUCACAGGCGGGACAACCGAAUUGUAGGGCCUCCUGUUGUCUUUCACUGUGCUGCGAAAGAAGAACCAAUGCUCUUCUCAUGCCGUCCUCUUUACUGCACUGCUAUGCUCAACCUGUCGCUGUGUUUAACAGGCUUCAGGAACAAAGAGGAGAUGAAGAACUUGGUGAAUCUGGUCCAUCACAUGGGUGGAACAAUCCGGAAAGACUUCAGCACCAAGGUUACUCAUCUUGUUGCAUACUCCACCCAUGGAGAGAAGUACAGGCUGGCGGUGUGCAUGGGUACUCCCAUCCUCACUCCACUGUGGAUUCAAAAAUCAUGGGAAAGAAGAGAUGAUGUAGAUUUUCACGCAGGCCAGGAGGAGUUUCGAUCGGAAUUCAAAGUUCCUCCGUUCCAAGACUGUGUUCUGAGUUUUCUGGGUUUCUCUGAGGAAGAGAAGGCCAACAUGGAAGAGAGGACUCUGAAGCAUGGUGGCAGAUAUCUGGAGGUUGGGGAUGAGAGAUGCACUCACCUGGUUGUGGAGGAAAACUCUGUCAGAGAAUUGCUAACUUCUUCCAAGAAGCUGUAUGUGGUCAAACAGGAGUGGUUCUGGGGAAGCAUUCAGAUGGAUGCUCGUGCAGGUGAAUCCAUGUAUCUCUAUGAAAAGAAUGACAGCCCGGCCAUGAAGAAAGCCGUGUCGCUCCUGUCACUCACCACGCCUAACAGUAACCGCAAGCGCCGCCGUCUAAAAGACACUCUGGCUCAGCUCAGCAAGGAGACAGAGAUGUCGCCCUUUCCCCCCCCACGCAAAAGAGCCUCAGCAGAGAACUCCCUGUCCAUUGGCUCCCUGCUUGACAUCUCCAACACUCCGGAGACAUGCAAGGGCUUGACAGAAUCGAUAAUACCUGUCGUCAACCCAGAAGGCAGAGUAGGAGAAAGUUCUGUUAAGAGGAAUAGAAUGAGAAGAAGGAAAACCAGAGAAAAGAGAAUCAGGACAGACACGGAAGACAAAAGGAAAGUGUCUCGCCUUAGUGCAAAUAUCUGCCAACAUCCAGAGGAGGAGCAGCAAGGAGCCGGUGAAGAGAGUUCAACUCCGGUUCUUUCAAAGCAGUCGGCAAGGUGGCAGGUCUCCAGGGAACUAUAUCAGACAGAAAGUAACUAUGUGGACAUCUUGAGCACUAUCCUACAGCUUUUUAAACAUCCAUUGGAAAAAGAGGGGCAGGUCGGGGGUGCCAUCCUUGCCCAAGAAGAAGUUAAGACCAUUUUUGGAAACAUCCCCGACAUCUUUGAGGUCCACACUCAAAUAAAGAACGACUUAGAGGAGCUUCUGUCUGACUGGUCAGAAAACAGGAGCGUGGGAAACAUCUUUCUCAAAUACUCUAAAGAACUGGUGAAAGCCUAUCCUCCUUUUGUCAACUUUUUUGAAAUGAGCAAGGAGACGAUUGUGCGAUGUGAGAAACAAAAGCCACGUUUCCAUGCAUUUCUGAAGAUUAACCAGGCCAAGCCGGAGUGUGGCAGACAGACUCUGGUGGAGCUGCUCAUCAGACCAGUGCAGAGACUUCCCAGUGUAGCGCUUCUGCUUAAUGAUAUAAGGAAACAUACGUCUGAUGACAACCCGGACAAGAUCACGUUGGAGAAAGCGAUCGAGUCGCUUAAAGAAGUCAUGACUCACAUCAACGAGGACAAAAGGAAGACCGAAGGCCAGAAACAAAUCUUUGAUGUUGUUUAUGAAGUCGAUGGCUGUCCAGCAAACUUGCUUUCUUCGCACCGCAGUCUUGUACAAAAGGUGGAAACGGUUGCUUUGGGAGACCAGCCGUGUGACCGUGGAGAACAAGUGACCCUCUUCCUCUUCAAUGACUGUCUUGAGAUUGCAAGAAAGAGGCACAAAGUAAUCAAUACCUUUAAGAGUCCAUUGGGACAGACGAGACCCCCACCUCCACUGAAACAUAUAUCACUGAUGCCUCUGUCUCAGAUUCGACGAGUUCUAGACCUACAAGACACAGAAGAGUGUGUGAAUGCGUUUGCGCUGGUGGUCCGACCUCCCACUGAACAGGAAAACUUGUUGUUCAGCUUUCAGCUGGUUGGGGAGGAGACUGUUAAAAGUGCCUGGCUGCGCACACUUUGCCGUCAUGUUGCCAACACCAUCUGCAGGGCUGAUGCGGAGGAUCUUAUCCAGAUCACAGACCCAGACUCACUUCAGGUCAGCACAAAGGACAUGGACAGCACACUGAGCAAAGCAUCCAGAGCCAUUAAGAAGACCUCGAAAAAGGUGACUCGAGCCUUUUCUUUCACAAAGACUCCAAAGCGUGCCAUCCAGAGAGCCUUCAUGGCCAACACCACUCCUGACAAGAAAACCCAGAGGCUGAGUUGUGAGAACAGAGUCUGCAGCAGCGCCACACUGGCUGCACAUCACUCGCCAUCUAUGGUCCAUCUGCCUUCCAUGUUUGAGAGGAAGUACCACACAUUCAGCCGUUCGACCACCCACCUGUUCUGAAGCAGUUUGACCUUUUGUUACUGGAGGUGUGACCUGUCAGGACUGUGAGUCAUAAAAGGUCAUUCAUUAGAAAAUGGACAACCUUCAUUGGUCCAUGCUGGUGCUUCAGAUAAACAUACCUGUCCAGAGGAACAUGCUUAUCGCAUUAACUCAAAGAUCUAGCAGAUGCUGAUAUUUGUCAUUAUCAGAAACAUUUGUUUUUCCUGAAGUUCAGUGAGAAUAGGAUGAAAACAGUAAACCAAUUGUUGGUCAUCUUGCAGCACCUGAGGUAGUUUUAGUUCUGCAGUGACGGAGGCCUUUUAAGAUCACCAAGCACUAACCAACAUGGUACUGUGCUCUGUUCGGGACCGCCAGACUGAGGUGCCUCUGACACUGCUGAGGGUAAGGUGCGGGGGAAACAAAGAAGGGUAUAGUUUGACAUUUUAUGCAGAUAGUCAGAUCAGUUGAUGGAAGUCUGCUCUGAGUCCACUGUUCUCCAACACAAUUAUUUUUGGUGGAGUUGAGGUUUUUGUGGUAAAGAUCUUGAUACAUUGAAGUCCUUGUAGAUUUUGUCUUAAUUUAGUCAAUUGUCUUCUGUUGCUCUUUUAAUUAACCCUCUUUUCAUAAAAGGCCUAUAUAUAUUAGAUGACUUUUUAUAUGUAGUAGCUUAGACUAAAUAAGUACUUCCAGUUAAAUGGGUCCCUUCCAAAUGUAAACCUUUGGUGUUCACAGCUUUCAUAAAGCUGUUUUUAGAAGUUUGAGAGACUUUGUUGGUAAGAAUGGACUUCAGGGUUUUGUUAUCAUCCUUUCAGGUGCCCUCACAUCUGUGUAAUUGUACAAUAAUUCUCCUUUAACCGCUAUUUAUGUUCAUUACACUUGUUUAUUUUUAAUUGUUUCUGUUUGUCUUAUUAAUGUUUUUCAUUCAUUAAAUGCACUUGAACUUGGAUUUAGAGAUGCCUUUUAUGCCUCAAGUAAAGUUUAUCUUUAUCCAAA